AUGAAGGCCUUCAUCGCAAUCCUUACGACGUUUGUCGCCCUGAGCGAACUUGUCUCUGCCCACUACCGCUUCACGAGCCUCGUGGUCGGGGGCGUCAACACAGGGGAAUACGUCCAUGUCAGGCGCAACACAAACUACAACAGCCCCGUCACAGACGUCCUCAGCAAAGACAUCGUCUGCAAUGCUGGCGGCCUCUCCUCCGGUCCGGCGACGCAGAUCGCCACCGUCGCGGCCGGUUCGACCGUCGGUUUCGCAAUGGAUCAAGCAAUCUACCACGACGGGCCUGUCAUCGUCUGGCUCUCGCCCGCCGCGGGAUCCAACGUGACGACCUACGACGGCAGCGGUCCCUGGGCAAAGAUCUGGGAGCUAGGCGCGCAGACAGGCAACGGGCAGAUCAAGUUCCCCGCCUCGAACCAGGCGGGCUUCAACUUUCAAAUCCCCUCAUGCACACCCCCGGGAGAGUACCUCCUCCGCAUCGAGCAGAUUGGACUACACUCCGCCAGUGCCAAGGCCGGAGCCCAGUUCUACAUCUCGUGCGCCCAGAUCAAGGGUGUUAAUCUCCACGUAUCACUUAGGGGCGCAUACACUGGCGACGAGCCCGGUAUCUUGAUCAACAUCUACUACCCUGUGGGUUUCCGCGGUUUCCACGGCGCGGGCAGCGUGCGUGGCUGGUUGGCUGGCCGUGCCGCUUGGUAUAGUCUGUAA